AUGAACAAAGAGUUGUUUUCGAAAGAAGGCCGGAGUCUUACAGUCAGUGUAGCUCUUCCCAAUGGAGAGCCAGACAGAGAACUUGAACUGCAAUAUGCAGAUGGCAGAAUAAUCGGCAACGGGUCCUUUGGGGUGGUCUACAUGGCUAAAGUUGUCAAUACUAACGAACACGUUGCUAUCAAGAAGGUACUACAAGACAAGCGUUUCAAGGUAGGUGGUGUCUUUUAUGUUGUGUACGAUGUUUAGAACCGAGAACUUCAAAUCAUGCGACGUCUGAAUCAUCAGAAUGUUGUCAAGCUCAAGUACUUCUUCUACACGACCGGCGACAAGGUAAGGAUGCUGAUUUACGUCAAAUGUACUAAAAUAUAGAUGCAGAGUAGUCACUAUGUUUCGUUUGGUUUUGCAGUUUAUAAUUAUGAAAGCUUUUGUGAAAUGAGUGUAAAAGAAUUAUACGUAUAUUAUAGUAUUUUAUGGUUUUGUUUCAGAAGGACGACCUUUUUCUGAAUCUGAUAUUAGAGUACAUUCCGGAAACAGUUUACCGAGUAUCUCGACAUUUUAAUAAGCAAAGACAAAUCAUACCAAUGAUUUAUGUAAAAGUAAGUAUGAAAAACGUGGUUCUAAUGUUACCUUUUGCCUUUGUUGAUGCAUCAACCAUUAUGAAUAAGUUUUUACGACAAAUACUAAAUGACGACCGUUUCAGACAUAUAUGUACCAAGUAUUCCGCGCAUUAGCAUACAUUCACAGUCUAGGCAUUUGUCACAGAGACAUUAAACCACAGAAUCUGCUUCUCAACUCUAAGACCAGUGUUGUCAAGCUUUGCGACUUUGGAUCUGCCAAAGUAUUAACUCCAGGAGAACCAAACGUCGCUUACAUCUGCUCACGGUACUACAGAGCCCCUGAGCUUAUUUUUGGGGCAACUGAUUACACAACGAGUAUUGGUAAGAGAAAGUCCUUGUCUACUAAACUUUCGGUUAAUGUGUAUGAGUUACAGAAUUAACUAAUUUAGGUAUUAUAAACUAAUCUUUCAGAUGUCUGGUCAGCAGGGACGGUGUUGGCUGAACUUCUAUUGGGACAACCUUUCUUCCCUGGAGAUUCCGGAGUUGACCAGUUGGUGGAGAUCAUCAAAGUAUUAGGUACUCCAACUAGAGAAGAGAUCAACAAAAUGAAUCCAAACUACACUACAUUCAGAUUCCCAUCUAUCCGGCCACAUCCAUGGCAAAGAGUGAGUUCUUUACGUUGUCUUUUUUUUGCAUGUUUAGGUAUGUCUGUUUUCUUAACAUUAAUCGCUUGCAUUUUAGGUUUUCCGCCCACGAACUCCGAACGAGGCUACUGAUUUGGUUUCCAAAAUAUUGCGAUACACUCCGACCAGUCGGUUAAAUCCUCUGGAAGCGAUGGCCCACGAGUUCUUCGACGAACUGAGACAACCUGACUGUGUUCUUCCAACCAAGACCGAGCUUCCACCUUUGUUCGACUUUACAGAAGACGAGAUCCAAUACAUUGCAGACCUAAAGGACAAGCUGUUUCCUAAAACAAACGGAGAAGCCGCCAAUGUAGCGUCUACUUCAGAAGCCGUGGAAAUGGCGGAAGAGGCGAAGCCGGCCGUGUAG